GUGCCGUUUCUUCGUGCGUCGUUCGUCGUCAAAUCUUCAAAAGUUGUAGAACCGAAAGUUGCUGUAACGUCACUCGAACACCUGCAAGGUGCACACCCUCGCCUUUUAUGUCAGUAGACAGUGACUGAGAACGAUUAGAAUUGGUAAGACCUGCGUUCUAAAUUGUCCGAAACCAAGAACGCGCGCGCGCGAUGACCCCGGGACGACGGUAGCGAACACACAGAACCAGCAUGACGACGAUCAAUGGUCACCAGCACGACGAUCAUGCCAAGUUGGUGACGCACCGGAAGAUUUGAAAAGGGGGCUCUUCUAUGUGGUUACGGGGAGAUUUUGAGCGUGGAGAAACGGACUUCGGGAACGAGUUCAGCAUGCUGGAGGAGGAGUUGGAGAUCGCGCUGAAGGUGAUCGUGGUGGGGAAUGGAGGGGUUGGGAAGACCUCGAUGGUCCAGAGGUAUUGUAAGGGGAUCUACACGAAGGACUACAAGAAGACGAUCGGGGUGGACUUUCUCGAGCGACAGAUUGAGCUUGAUGGUGAGGACAUCCGGAUUAUGCUGUGGGACACGGCCGGGCAGGAGGAGUUUGACGCGAUCACCAAGGCGUACUACCGGGGAGCGCAGGCCUGCGUGUUGACGUUCAGUACGACGGAUCGGGCUUCGUUCGAGGCGAUUCGCGAUUGGAAGGUCAAGGUCGAGAACGAGUGCUGUGAGAUUCCGACCGUGCUAGUCCAGAACAAGAUCGACCUCAUGGACAAGGCGGUGGUGUCGUUCGACGAGGCCGAAUCGCUGGCGCAAUCACUCGGCUGCCGACUGAUACGGACCUCGGUCAAGGAGGACGUCAACGUGGCCAGCGUGUUCCGGUACCUGGCGACCAAGUGCCACCAGCAGAUGAAGCAGCAGUACAGCGCGGCGAUGCCGAUCUCGCAGCCCACGAUCAGCGCAUUUAGUCCCACUUUCCAGUCGAAAGCCACCAGCAAUACGAUCCAACUAACAAGGCCAUCCGUUAAGCGAAAACCACUGCAGAAGAGGUGUGGCAUCUUUUGAUCGGGAGAGAUUGUCGCGUGCUCUCGUGACGCAAUCGCCAUUUCUGAAUUUUGAUAACUCAACUAGCCAAGACAAAACUUUUAGCAUGACACAUAGGCUUGGUAGUUCAACCUACUAGCUGGCAACGAAAUUAGCGAAAUGUAUAAUUUGUCUCAGACUUAUCUUAGACCCGGCUAUUGGGUUAGUGUUAGCCCUCGCGCUGCCUUCAGCAAACCUGGCGGUCGAUUCUGAGAUCAUUGGGCAUUAUCUGGCCCCGCCUAUACAUGAAAGUAGAAUCCUCGACAAACAUUCUCAUGGUCAAUAUGAUGCACAUAAUUUAUUUUUAACAAAAUCCAAAUGGCGAUUGCGACAAGCGAGCAUGGCCGUGACCAACGCAAGAUGAUAAUGAUAGCAAUUGUUGAUUUAUCCGCAAGCUAGUAUUUUCUUCUUCCUCACAACAACAGCAACAACGGGGUGGUUGGGGAAGCUUGGAGGUCGCUGGCUUCGCGCGGGUCUUGUUGAAAAUUUGUUAAAUUGCUUCUGCCCGCCGCCGGAUAACCCGCGAGGAACUGUUGAUAGUUGGAGUAGGUUGUAGUUUCCGUGUACUUAUAUUUUUUUUUAUUCUAAGAACUGUGGCAGCCACGCAGAGUUAGCACGAUAUGAUAAUUAUAGAGUUGUAAUGUUACUUGUAAUAAUGGUUAUACUCAACAAAUCUUAGCUAGGUAUUAUAUGACAAUUGUGUGCCGCUCAACGAAUCUUUACAAAGAUGAGAAACUGAAGACUUGAUAGGAGUGAUGGGAAUGUUGCUGCGGUAAUUUUGCAGUGUGACGUCACUUUGUAACGUUACGGCAGCAUUGAUGUGAUUCGAACAACCAGUAAGACAAAUUCGACGAAUUUAAAAAAAAAAUUCAGACGGCAACAAACAAGCUCAAAUCUCCAGCCCAAUUCGUAGUUAGUACAGCCUCUAACGCGCAAAAGAAAGCGAAAAUACUCGGCAAAUUUCCAUGUUACGUUACGUACAGUAUAUCCACAUCUUUCUACACUAUUUUGAUACUAAUUAUCGCAUGUUGCAAGAGGAGUGAAUGACUGAGGAGGUGUAAUUGGAGUGUUUUUUUUAGUACGGUCGUGAUCAUGCAGGGUGAAAGGAAAAUCGGCACGAAAGGAAAAUUGUUUCAGUCAGCCGGCGAUAACUAACGAGAGUAGAGUAAGUCAGACCCAGGGAGCAAAAAAAAACAAAAGUUGUGAAUAAUGCAAAUGAUGACGAUGUUAAUAAAAAAGACGGACGAAAAAAAUCCGAUAUUUAAAAGAAACCUCUGAAGCUUUGAUACGCUC